AUGUUUGAUGGUGAAGACUCGCGGCGCGUUCUCAAAUCGACGGCUUCGCAACGAAAGCCGCGUAAGAAGGUACCAGGGGGAUCACAAGGGUCCAGUCAGCAUCCUACCGCCCCUAUACCCUCAGCGUCUUCCGCGGUCCCUGUAGUUCGGGAAUGGGGCAGUCAGCCGGAGAAUAGCGAACCGCCGGCCAUAAGACUGCAAAGCAGCCAGCACGUUGAAGACGACCUUCCAAUGACUCAAGUCGAGCGAGGAAUGUUCGGAGGACGCGAAGCCAGUCGUAAGGUCGCCACGAAGACUAGAAAGAAGAAGAGGGCAGCUGGAUUCUAG